AUGCCUCGAACCGAAUUUGACGAGUAUGACCCGGAUGUGAUGAUUCCGCUAGCAGAGGUGAUGCUAAAGAUGGCCUCAGAGAUUUUUCCCAAAGAAAUAUCGGUGAAUGAUGAAAAGCUAUCAGUACACUUAGUAGUCGGCGAUGGUCCCCACAUUGCAGAUGCUAUUGAGUUGGUGGACAAGUGCAUGGGCCAGCUAUAUGUGAAACACAAGGGUAAAAACUGGAAGGACGAGAAAAGAGAAGAAUUGCUCGAGGUUGGUCUUCUCUUCAUCUACUACACAUCUAAAGAUGGGCAAAUCGCAGCACUAGUCGCUUGCAAGAUGAUAGAGGGCCAGACGCUUUAUCUAUAUGAAAUCCAGGUUCACCCUGAGGCACAGAACCGUCAAGUGGGCUCAACCUUGAUAAAGUGCUUUCACUCUCUAGCGAAGAAGCUAGACGAUUUUUCCCUUGAUGAUGGUAAAUUCGAUGAGGCACUUCGAUGGUGUUGCACUACAGAAUACACCGCAUUAACUGUUUUUUCUGAUAAUGAGAGGGCGCUCCAAUGGUAUAAGUUGUUGGGCUACGACUAUACGGCCAACUCUCCCAAAGACAGAACAACUCGUCUUCGAGUGAUCAAGCCUGACUACUACGAGUUGGAAAGAGAAGUAAACUGA